CCUAAUCUUUUUCCUUCCCUCCCUUUCCUUUCUCUCUCUUUUCCCCUAACACUCUUUCCUCUCAAGUCUCAACUUCAAUCAAAAUCCAAUUUUGAUUCUUGUUUCAAGGACAUAAGAAAAAAAACAUAAGCAAAACAAAAACAACCUCAAAAUUAAGUUCAUUUUGUUCUGUCUCAUACAAUUCAUCAUAAUCCUAUCCAUUUCCACUAUGGAAAACCAGUUUUUUAUGAAUGCAGGAUUCGAACAGUCACUUCAUCCUUCAAAUUCUCCAAUGCCAACAUGGCAAUCACUUUCUUCAUCCAUGGAAGUUCAACCGUCACUACUGAAUUCUUCCUCAAACCAAUCCCAAGGUUGUUUUUUCAACCCGAAUUGGGAAAAGUCAACGGAUCAAAAUCUCAACUUUGAUUCAGCACUCAGUUCAAUUGUCUCAUCUCCUGCAUCGCCCCCGAUCGAGAAUCUUGUGAUGAGAGAAUUGAUUGGAAAAUUGGGAAGUUUUGGUGAGAUCUCACAACAACAUUCUAAGCUCAACAACAACGUUGUACCAAUGCCUGGAUUUUCACCUGAUCCUGGUUUUGUUCAAAGGGCUGCGAAAUUCUCUUGCUUUGGUAGCAAGAGUUUCAAUGAUAGAAGUAACCAUAACCAAUUGGUUAUGAACAAUGUUGAAUUACCUCAAAGAUCUGUUAAUUUAAUGGAAAAUGGAGCGAAAUUACUAUCAAGAGUUUCGAGUAGUCCUUCGUUCAAUACAAUUGGAUCUCAAAUGGUUAACAUAGAGAACAAGAAUUCACCAUUGCAACAAGAAUAUGAAGGAAUUGAAGUAGGUAAUUCUCAAGAAGAAUCUACAAUCUCUGAGCAAAAUACUCCAAAUGGCGAAAUUGGUGUGAAAGCUUCACUUGACAUGAAUUCAAGGAAAAGAAAAAGCUCUUCUUUUAAAGGAAAAGCUUCAAACUCUUCCAAUCCUACCAAGGGUGGUGAAGACUUAAAUGCAAAGAAAAGCAAGUCAAAUGAGGGUGGUAAAAAUGAAAAUGAUGGCAUGAAUAUAGAGGAAGAUUCCAAAAAAGUUGCUACUAAUGCAGAGGAAGAGAAACAGAACAAGAGUAACUCAAAAGCUCCUGAACCUCUAAAAGAUUACAUUCAUGUCAGAGCAAGAAGAGGUCAAGCAACUGACAGUCAUAGUCUUGCCGAACGCGUUCGCAGAGAGAAAAUAAGUGAAAGAAUGAAACUUCUUCAAGAUCUCGUACCAGGUUGCAAUAAGGUUACUGGAAAAGCACUUAUGCUAGAUGAAAUUAUAAAUUAUGUUCAGUCAUUACAACGGCAAGUUGAGUUUUUGUCUAUGAAAUUGUCUUCUGUUAACACAAGUAUUGAAAGUGUUGUUGUAUCAAAAGAUAUAUUUCAAGCAAAUAAUUCAUUGCAAAACUCAAUAUUCCAAAUAGAUUCUUCAGCACCAUCUUUUUAUGGGACACAAACCCAACAAAAUCAAGUUAUUCAUAGUAACAUUCCUAAUGGAAGUGGGACACAUUGCUUAGUGGAUUCAUUGGAUUCUUCUUUGUGCCAUAAUCUUGGCAUGCAUUUACCUUUACUAAAUGGAUUUAAUGAAAAUGGAUCUCAGUUUCCUUUAACAUUUUCUGAAGAGGACUUAAACACCAUUGUUCAGAUGGGAUUUGGCCAAACUUCAAACAGGGAAACACCAAUACACUCACCAAGUUUCAACGAUUCAAAUCAAGCAACACAAAUGAAAAUUGAACUCUAAUCACCUUUCAUUACGCCUGAAUUGAAGCUCAGAGGAAUAGAAAAAAAUUAAUUCCAACAACCCCAUGGAUUAUAAUUAAGCCAUUAUUAAUUUAGUAGAACAUUUUUUAGUCUAUUAAAUUAGUCAUUUUACUUUUUUAUUUUUAUUUUUUAUUUUUUUCCUUUAUAUUAUUUCAGCUUCUAAUCUUCUGAACAAUUAUAUAUAUUUUUUCAAGUUUAUAAAUAUUCAAUGUAAAAUCUUAGGACCGAUUCUGUAUUCUAUGGUGCAAAGUAUUAUGAUUAUAUUGCACCAAUUGUAAGAUAUAGUACUAAUUGAAGAAAUAUAUUCACCCAACUUUCAUUAUCUCUCUA